GUACAAGUAACUAAAUUGUUUCUCUCCAUAUAAAUACGUAAUAUUUCCUAAGUUGUAAGGAUAGUAUAGUCAUGUCACCAUUUAUGAGAUAAGCAUUGGGUUCCAAAUGACUAAUAGGGGAGGUAAGUGGUAUUUUCAAAACUUCAAGAGAGGGCAAUGCAAUUAUCAGAAACCUCAAGGAGAUUUCUGAAAUUAUCCCUAACAGAAAUCCUGAUUUUUGGGUUGAACGUUGGAAGAGUCAAACAGUAGGAUAAACAUUCACAUGUUAUAUGUUCAUCUACACUUAUAUGUCUAGUAACAAUGAAGAGAAUUCUCAGCUUUCACAAAAUAUGCAAAACUUUUGUGUUGCUGCUGGAUCUAGUACUAAGGUGAAAAAGCCCUUCAAGAAGGUACUACCAUUAUUUUCCACACCUUUAUUACUUCACUAUUUUCCAAAAUUUUCCUCUAGUUUACCAAUUUGUCUUUUUAAAACGUGGUUUUGGGGAAGUUUUACAGUGCAUUUUGAUGUCUAUUAUGACACGCAUGUUUUAUUGGUUAUAUUUUUUGCUGGUGCAAUUAUUGGAAUUGAAUCACAAGUUGCAAUGGUCUUUUAGUGUGAGUGAUGAUCAUACUUGGCUUUAAUUUGACUGAGUUACACAUUAGGCUGCCUAUAGCCAUUGAAAACUGUUCUUUACAUCAUCUACAGGAUCUUUGUUGUUCAAAAUAAGCACUAAAUUUCAUGAUUAUGUAGCUAAAAAGUUUAUACCGUAUUCAAUGUAACACUGAUACCAGAAGUUAUUUAAGUUUCAAUUGAGCAUCUGUUGAUUGAAGUAUGGGCUGGAAAACUUAAGUUAUGGUUACUGCAUUACAUAUCACCUCAGAUGCACUGUUGUUGCUUCACAAAUAUCUGUAUAUUAUUGCAAAUGAACCAAGUUAAGAACAUACUAAUUUGUUGUAUUACUGGAGAAUAAUUUGAUCUCAGGGUUUCAAGAUUUUUGUCUAGCUUACAGAUUUGAAUAAUCAUCAUCUCCUUGUUCUGGAACCAAUUUGUUGUAUCACUGGAAGCUAUAUAUAAUGGCCACCGGGCAGUUUAUAGAUUCUGCAACCAGGAAGUCAAAAUCUAAAGCAUCAUCAGAAGUGCAACUUUGUGUUGAUGGUGUACCUUUUACACUAGACAGGGAACUUCUGGCUUCUAAAUCAUCAAAGCUAGCUGUGUUGCUCAAAGAUCAUCCAAGUGAGGAUCUCACAAAUGUUCUUAGAGAUGCCCCUGCUGACCCAGAAACAUUUGAGCUAGUUGCAAGAUUCUGCCAUGGUUACGAAAUCAACCUGUCAACCGAAAAUGUCACGCAUGUUGCUUGCCUAGCCCACUACCUUGGAAUGACUGAGAGCCACUGCACCAAUAAUUUGUUCAGCAAGGCUCUGGACUUCUUUGAACACCAAGUUGUUUCUAGUUGGAACAAAUCCAUUAGAGCCCUCAAGGCCGCAGAGGAUAUUCUUCAACAAGCAGCGGAUCUUGGCCUGGUUGGUGCCUGUGUCGAAUCAAUAAUCUUAAAGGCUUUGGAACAUCCACAUCUUCUUGGAGAAUCAUUCAAGGACUUGACCUCCAAUGAUGAAGGAGAGGACAAUGAAAAUUACUUCAGGCCAAAUGUGCGGAGGAAACUCUUUGCUUUGGAAUGGAAAUCUGAAGAUUUGUCAAUAUUGUCUCUCAGGCUCUAUGAGCCCAUCAUUGGUGCAAUGAUUGAGCGGGAAAUCCCAGCAGAAUACAUAGCUGCAGCUGUAUGUCAGUAUGCAAAAAAGUGGGUACUUUUCAGCAUGAAAGAAGGGGAUGAUGGUUCAAUUUACAAGAAAAGUAUCCAGAGAGAGAUAAUUGAAGCAGUGGAGAGAAUGUUACCAAAUGCAAGAGGACUAAUACCCUGCGCAUUACUAUUUGAAAUGCUACGGUCUGCAAUAGCCUUGGAUGCUAGUAACGAGUGUAGAAAUGGAUUUGAAAUCAGGAUUGGGAAGCAAUUAGACCAGGCGACUGUGAAAGAUCUCCUGAUACCUUCUCAAGGAUAUGCCAAGGAAGAACGGUAUGACACAGAAUGCGUGAGGAGGCUCAUGAAGAAUUUCUAUCGCAAUUAUACUGGAAAAGAUGGACAUGAAUUGAUCACAGUGGCAGAACUUAUUGAGAACUUUCUGAUUGAAAUUGCUAGUGACAUAGACUUAAAGAUGAGCACAUUUAUAUCACUUGCUGACUUUUCACUUGCAGCAUCUAGAGGAAUUCUACAAAAUUCAGAUGGAAUGUACAGGGCUAUAGAUAUCUACUUAGACAAGCAUAGAUAUCUGACAGAAUCUGAGAGAGAAGAGGUAUGCCACCUGUUGGAUUGCAGCAAGAUGUCUCCAGAAGCUUGCUUACAUGCUUCAAGGAAUGAAAGAUUGCCUGUGAGAGUAAUGGUGCAAGUGCUAUUUGCAGUUCAGUUGCAAAUGCGAGAGACUAUGCCAAAGGAAAUCAAGGGAUCAGAGGAGGGGAGAUUAUUUUUAAAAGGGGCAGAGGAAGAGGAAGAGGAAGAGGAAGCAGCAACAAGGGGUUGCAACAGCGAAGAAGAAGUGAUCAAGGCAGAGAUGGAAAAGAUGAGCAGCAAAGUGUUGGAACUGGAAAGAGAAUGCGAUAUGAUGAGAAGGGAAAUCCUGAAUGGUAGCUGCAGGAAAGCUAGAAAAGGAAAAGUGAACAUGUGGAAAGAAAUGAAGAGGAAGUUAGGAUGCAUAACCAGCAUGCAUGAUUGCAACUGCCAUGUCAAGAAGAAGAAGGUCCAUCCAAAAUAGGAAUGCAAAUAUCAGCUUUCUUUCUUUGUACUCUUUUUCCUUAUUCUUUUGUUUUUUUGACUUGAAUAUGUCUGAUAGGAUAUUUCUGGAGAUUGCUUAUUAAUUGAUGGGACGACUAUGAAUGUUCUGCUCUAACUAGACCUUGAUCUUUUGGCAGUUCUAGUUUAAGUGGUUCUCAUUUCAAGUUUCAUUUUUUCAAUUAUUUGUUGCUAAGUCAAAAGUUAUUUUCUACUUCUUAGAUUAUGUUGGAAAGUGAAACUAUGUAAUUUUCCAUAGUACGGCACAGCACCUGUGAUGAUACAGAUUUUUGUUGGU